AGUAGCCAUUUUCUCCACAGACCUUGGCAGUCUGGCUCCUUCCUGGCUCAGGCUUUCCUCUAACACAGAAGACAGACGUUCGGGGGUGGGAGAGGUCAGCUUCAGACCACAUUAUGCUCCUACAAUUCAGUCUCCAAUAUCUAGACAGCCCCAUCUUGCUAUUAUUUUUAGAGCCAUGACUCCUUUUACAUAUGGGAGGGGAAAUGGUACAAAAUGAAUUUUAAAGCUUCCUAUUAUGAAAAUUUUUUAGAUGAACAAUCAUCAUUUAUUCACUGUUUUAUGGGCUUUCUUAUAUUGGCUUAGAUCGGAGUCUAUCUCAGCACUUACUGUGAGCUGGACCUUCAGCCAGGUGCUUUAUGUACAUGAUAUCUUUUAAUUCACACGACCCUGGACAAGAGGCAGUAUCAUCCUCAUUUUCAUCCACUUUAAAUGGAAGCUUGCGAGGUGUGAUGGCUCACAUCUGUAGUCCCAGCACCUUGGGAGGCCAAGGCAGGAAGAUCACUUGAGCCCAGGAGUUUGAAACCAGCCUGGGCAACAUAGUGAGACCCCCAACUCUACAAAAAAUAAAAAAUAGCUGGGUACAGUGGCUCAUGCCUUUGAUCCUAGUACUCUGGGAGGCCAGGCCAAGGUGGGCAAAUCACGUGAGUCCAAGAGUUUGAGUUCAACCUGGACAACAUGGCGAAACCCCUCCUUUACAAAAAAUAGCAGUUGUCUCUGCAGCUUCCAAGGCAGCUCUAGUCUCAUCCAUGACAGUGGCAGAGCAUUGGGUUAGACCAGGGGUCUCGGACUCGUAGCAUGCAUGUGAAUCGCCUGGGAGGGUUGACUGUGCCGUUUCCUCUUCCCACAGCUCCCUGCGCCUCAGUUUACUUUGUCAUUUACCAUUCUUACACUAUGUCACUGCUACUUUGAUCAUUCUUUCUAAGCCCUAGUAGUGAGGUCAGCUUCUGUUUUCUUUGUUUGAAACAGGGAAUGGGGAGGCUAUCUGAGCUGUUUUCUCUGAUAAUAGGAUUGCGCUGUGUUGCUUUCUCAGGUGAGAUGCUCUUAAAGGUGCCUCUCAGAGCAGGUCUCACACCUCUUCCCCCAAGCAUCCGAAGAUGGUCUGGGCACCGGAGCAUCCAGGCUGAAAGCAGCCCAGCCAGGAGCCUGGCCUCUCACCCUCAUGGAAAUGCCUCUCUGCACUGAAGGGGCGGAACUUCUUGCUCACUUGGGAGGCUCCAUCCGGGAUUGACCUGUCAGUCUCGAGUGGCAUCUCUGGUUCUUCCAUGGGCUUCUGUGGUCCUGACAGGAAGUCAAAUGGGUGGACUUUGAGUGUGCACAUCAGGGAAAAAGGAUCAUGGGAGACCACAGGGCCUGGUGGGGAUGGCCUGGUCUCUGGAGCCUCACAGCCCUGGGUUCAAAUCUUGGCUAUAGAGACGUACAUGUCUUAGCAAGUCACUUAAUGUCUCUGCACCCUUCACCCCUCAUCUGCAACCUUUGGAUAAUAGUGUCAACCUCACAGGUUUGCUGUGAAUGAGUAGUAGAUAGAAAUACUUCAGCUAAAGAGAUAUUCAAUAAAUAGUAACUGUUUUUUUUUUGAGAUGGAGUCUCACUUGUCACCCAGGCUAGAGUACAAUGGCAUGAUCUUGGCUUACUGCAACCUCUGCCUCCUGGGUUCAAGCAGUUAUCCUGCCUCAGCCUCCUAAGUAGCUGGAAUUACAGGCACGUGCCGUCAUGCCUGGCUAAUUAUUAUAUUUUUAGUAGAGACAGGGUUUCACCAUGUUGGUCAGGCUGGUCUCAAACUCCUGACCUCGUGAUCCACCUGCCUCAGCCUCCCAAAAUGCUGGGAUUAUAGGCGUGAGCCACUGUGCUGGGCCCUAUGUUCCUUUUUGUCCGUGAAAUCAUGCUUUACUCAUAUCGAGAAACCUAGAUGACAGAGGCUUCUGCUCCCUGGCUAGUCUCCCUCCAUCAGCUGUCUUGGUUCCUGGAGCCACCGUCCCCUCCACAGCAGUGUUUCCCUGGGUUCUAGCAGAGAGGGCUGAGCUGGGCUUGGUCCAUUUUUAUCAGUCUUGGGUUAUGCUGGAGUUUGCAGAGGUGGCUUUUCUGUCUAAGUUUGUGGAUCUGUUUUUAGGAUCUGUUUCUUUCAGUCAGUCAAACAAUCUCAUGCUCUGUUGUCAUUUACAGGCUUUUCCAAGGGUUGAGUGUUUAUAGGAAAUAGAUGUUCAGGACUGAGACAAACACUGUUACCAUUUUCAAAGCAGUGCUUUGACAACAGGGAUGGGAUGGAUAGCAGUGAGUUCCAUGGAGGAUGCUUUCUGCUUUCUGCGUACAAGGAGCAGGAGCCAAAAUCACUUGCAUGCGCUUGAGAGCUGGGAGUCAGAAACAGCCAUUGCCUCUUGGAUUUGCUAAGCCAGGCAAUGUGGCAGCACCUCAGGAAGAGCCCUCCCCUUGGAAGUGUGAAUGCCGAGCUUUCCCGUGACGUCUGGUCUCCUGUCUGAUCCCACCUACCAGUUCUUGUUCUCCCAUAAACCCAUAUGAGUGUUGUGAGGCAGUCUGCCUCUACCCUUGGGUUUCUGGAUCCCAGCACAGUCUUGGUUUAGUAGUCAUUUUCGUGAACCAUCCUCUAUAGUACAGCCUGGGAAAGUCAAGAGCAGGCACAUGUGGGGGACCACCUAAACAGAGGGUUCAUCCGCCCGUGCUGCAGAACGCCAGGCUGCUGUGUCUGCACCACUGCCAGGCUCUGAAACAUAGAAAGGAUGGGCUCAGGCCUGCCUGUGAACCCUGUCUGAUGGGUCAGGAGAGGUAUUUCUCCAGGAUCUCAGGGAGUACCAUCUUCAGCUCAGACCAAAACAGAAUCACGGUUUAUUUUGACUUGUCAGUAUCAGGGUUCAGAUUGUCCUUGGGUUGGGUUUCAGGAUCAGAGAGAAAAGAUCUGGGCUCUGGGGUCAGCAGUCUGGGUGGAGGAAGAAGAGGCCCUCCAGCCGGCAUCCCUGCAGCAAGUGUGGGAUUGCUCAACAUCACUGGUUUUGCAGAGGUGCCCACACCCUUACCUGAAGGGCACGACCAUAGCAUUAGAGUCUCAGGCCUGUUUUAGGGCCAUGGGCCCCUAGGUUGUCACCACUGGAGCUAGUUAGCUGAAUCCCCAACAGAAGCGUUUACAGCUAACUCAUCCCUGUGCCAACUGCCAUUCUCAGGAAUCCAGGAGGGUGACCUUUCCCUCCUGGCCCAGGCCACUUUGGCUUCUGUCGACAGAGACCUCCAUCAAGCAGAAGGGAACUUGCUUGGCUGUCUUCUGAUAGAGCCAGCCAUGUUAGAUGUUGAGUAGCUGGUCAAGCAGGACCCUUCUGGGGCCUGAUGAGAACUCUUUCUUUGCCAGGGCUCAUCUACAGACUAUCAGGAUACCAGUAUCUCCCAGCAUAUUUAGAGGAUGAUGUGUAGUCCCUGGACUUAUGUCCCUGUACCUGUUUUAUCUUUUUUGCCCCUCUGCAUCUGUACUUGCGAUUUGGGCCUGAUUUCCACACGUCCUUGGCCAUUGCUCUCCUCCCCCAGAGUGUGAGUGGCCGGCUCUGGGGAUGGGGCUCUUCCGCUGGGCUCUAACAGGCCCCAAGAGAAAUCUGUCUCUAAUUUGUUUGGUAUACUCACCUAGGGAACAUCAAGUGUAAUGGCCUUAUUUCAUUGCCUGUUUUUAUGAUGAAGCAUAGUCAUUCCAAAGUGGCAAGUUGGGACGGCGAGGGGUCACUUACCUGUGGGCUAUGCCCUUUGGGGCUGGUCAUUCCUUUGUUCUAUCCUGGCUGUCCUGGAAACUGGGAGCGGUCCCUCUCUAUUCUUCCUGACAAGCUGUUUCCAGCCCCUGGAACUGGAAGUAAAGUUUCACAUCUCCACCCUUCAUACGCAUUUGUGCAGCCAACAUCAGAUAGUGGGAAAUCUGUCAUUUUGCUAUGAUGCUAGUGCUGCUGUCUCCUUCUCCCUCAGCAGCCACAGCAGCAGCCACUUCUGCUCCGAUGUGAUGUCCGAUCCCUGAUGUAUUUUCCUGAGCUUGGAAGGGGGAGGGCGAGGAGGGGAGGAAGGGGAGGGCCAGACAUUACGAGAGUGAGCAAGGACUGUGGAGCCAGCAGCAGGCAGCGUGGAGCCCAGGAGCCUUUAGACAAAGCAUUCUGCUGCGGCUCUUGUCAGCGCGCACAUCCUCCGGCAGCAGGCAGGACCACAGCUGCCCGGCUGGGGGAUUACAAGCAAGAAUGAAUCAGCACCCGGGGACACUUGACUUCAUGGGCAUACGAGAACCUGCCGCUUAGGUUCCUGGAGCAGAUUUCCCCAUUCAGGAGCAGGGAGCUCAAGUAUUCCCCCAGACUCGGCAUCUUGGAGGGCUGCGGCAGCGUGCAUCCAGAAGGCCCCCGGGUCCCUGACACCAUCUGUUCUGCAGGAGACAGAGGAGAGGGAGUGGAGGCUGGCACAGUUGGUACCAGGGUCUUGUAGAUAACCAAGCAAGUUGUCAUUGUCCUGCCCCAAGGGACAGAAAGUACCUGGGAACGGCAGAAUGACUUUCACCGUGUCAAGAGUUCACUGGAGGUGAUGUUUUUAUAGUUGGUUCUUCUUUUUCCUUCCUUGUACCUCUUUUUCCUCCUCUUCUCUUUUUUCCUUCUUUCAUCUGUUCUUGCCCACAAGAAUCAGAGAAGUAGGUUGGGGUUCAGACAUCCAGCUCAGAACAUCCAAGGUCUGCCAGAAAGGGCCGAACUUCUGUCCUCCCUGCGCCACUACAAUCCCUAUCCAGACGGAGGAGCAAAUAGAUGUCCUCCCUUCCCUGCUCAUCCUUGGAGGAGAACGUCAAGAUCCGGAGACCCUGGGAUGACUGUUGCUGUCUUCAUCGCUCAGCCGAAGAGAGAGCAGCGCAGGACGUGAAUAGACUUAAGCUACCACAGCUCAGCUGACAGAGGACCACUUCCUUUUUCUAUCGCUUUUAUCUGGUUGGGUUUUGUCUUCUUUAGCCAAGAACUGAAUGUGCCUGCCUGCUGUCCACCUGAGCAGGCAGGUGAGUCACAGGAACAGCUACUAUCAGAAGACGAAAAUGAAUGCCCAGCUCCUGAAAACCAGCCCAGCCCAAGAAGGCAGCACUUCAGACAGCGCACUGGCCCAGGAGACGCCCUGCUCGCCAGCCGCCAGAGUCUAGCUGUGGACCGGGCUCCUGGCCCGCUCGCCGCUUAGCCUGGCGGAAUGCGAUGCUGCCGUCCCAGCAGAGCCACACCUGAGCCCGACCCUGCGAGACCUGGCCCAUGUGCCCCAUUCAGCCCCUUGCUGCCUUGAACCUCUGAGUACAAAGGGCCAGUGGCCAUGGUUUGCUUAUUCCGGGACUGCUGGGGGAAAACAAGUUCGCGGACGCUGGAGCAGAGUGUCGGGGAGUGGCUCGAGUCGAUUGGGCUGCAGCAGUAUGAGAGCAAGUUGCUUCUGAAUGGCUUUGACGAUGUCCGCUUCCUGGGGUCUAACGUGAUGGAAGAACAGGACCUGCGGGACAUCGGCAUCAGCGACCCACAGCACCGGCGGAAGCUGCUCCAGGCCGCACGUUCCCUGCCCAAGGUGAAAGCUUUGGGCUAUGACGGGAACAGCCCCCCUUCGGUGCCCUCCUGGCUGGACUCCCUGGGGCUGCAGGACUAUGUCCAUUCCUUCCUGUCAAGUGGUUACAGCUCCAUUGACACCGUGAAGAACCUCUGGGAGCUGGAGCUCGUCAACGUCCUGAAGGUCCAGCUGCUCGGCCAUCGCAAGCGCAUCAUCGCCUCCCUCGCAGACAGGCCAUACGAAGAGCCACCGCAGAAGCCCCCCAGGUUCUCCCAGCUGAGGUGCCAAGAUUUGCUCUCCCAGACGUCAUCCCCGCUGAGCCAGAAUGAUUCCUGUACCGGGCGGUCAGCAGACCUGCUGCUACCUCCAGGGGACACAGGCAGGAGGCGUCAUGACAGUCUCCAUGACCCCUCGGCACCCUCCCGAGCAGAGCGCUUCAGGAUCCAGGAGGAGCACCGAGAGGCCAAGCUGACCCUGCGGCCCCCCAGCCUGGCAGCCCCCUACGCCCCAGUGCAGAGUUGGCAACACCAGCCAGAGAAACUCAUCUUCGAGUCCUGCGGUUACGAAGCCAAUUACCUGGGCUCCAUGCUGAUCAAAGAUCUUCGAGGGACAGAAUCCACACAGGACGCCUGUGCAAAGAUGCGGAAAUCCACCGAGCACAUGAAGAAGAUCCCCACCAUUAUCCUGUCCAUCACAUACAAAGGUGUCAAGUUCAUCGAUGCCUCCAACAAGAAUGUCAUCGCAGAGCAUGAGAUCCGGAACAUUUCCUGUGCCGCCCAGGACCCAGAGGACCUCUGUACCUUUGCCUACAUCACCAAGGACCUGCAGACCAGCCACCACUAUUGCCAUGUGUUCAGCACGGUGGAUGUGAACCUGACCUACGAGAUCAUCCUGACGCUGGGGCAGGCCUUUGAGGUGGCCUAUCAGUUGGCCCUGCAGGCCCAGAAGUCCAGGCCGACGGGCGCCUCUGCAGCUGAGAUGAUGGAAACAAAAUCUUCCAAACCGGUGCCUAAGCCUCGGGUCGGCGUGAGGAAAUCCGCACUGGAACCACCCGAUAUGGACCAAGAUGCCCAAUCCCAUGCCAGUGUCUCCUGGGUUGUGGACCCCAAACCAGACUCUAAGCGGAGCCUCAGCACCAAGUAUGAGACCACUAUCUUCUAAAACAACCCACUCCCUGUCUCCACUAGUCUCACUGUGCCUUUGCCAUCCGAUCUUUCUGCUGUCCUCAACUCUCUCCUUCCAGCUGCUGACGCCACGGCCCCACCUGCACUGGGACCGGCUCCUCCCGGGCGGGCAGCAGCUUAGACGCUGUACCCUCGCAGCUCUCGCACCUACCACCACUGAACACUGUGAAUUCUCCCCCUUGGGCUGAGGACAGCUUGGGGGGGUGAGUUGCCUUUGAGGUGGGCACCAAGAAGGCUCCAGGGGCCUGUUGCACCCCAGAAGCCUCCACAGGCAGGCACUGUGAACUCUGACGGGCAGGGUGGUCUCCAGAAGAAUCCCAAUGGCACUGAUAGCUCCCUGGGGUUGGGCUGGGCUCUGUGCGGCGCCCUCCUUCUGUCUGCUGUACUGAGCCACAGCUGGGCACCGCUGCCAAGAGCUGACUGUCCUCACCUCUCCUGAAACAACCAACCACUGUGACCACCCAGUGCCAGAGUCCCCACCACUCUGCUCACAGCCGGCCUGCAGCCUCCCGCUGUCCUCCACUGCUCUGAGGUGCUGGCCUCACUCUCACGGCCAGGCCCUUGUGAGACCUUGAGCUCAGUGAUGUGGCUUGACCAGGGACAGACUGCUUUCUGUCAGGGCCCAAGAUAAUGCGCCAGACCCUUGGGCCUGUGCUGACUGCCCCGCUUGGGGCUCUGGGUAUCUGAACACUCACAGGCUGGCUCACACAGCAGGUGCCUCAGUCCUGAUGAGUCUUCCCCUCUAAGGAGCGAGGUGGCACGUGUGUGGGUGGCCCCUCGUAUCUUCGCUACGGAGUCUCAAGGCCUGGAAACCUUGGGCCUGGCUCUGGAGUCUAGCCCACUGAGGAGGAAGGCCUUCCAAAGGACCAGCGAGGAGGCGGCCUGUGCCCUGCAUGCACGGUGCACCUUCUUCCCUCACAGAACAGAGCCGCUGGAGGACGGGCCUACAUAGAGUGGCCUCCAUGUCCUCCAUGAGUUUUCUGACAUGCUCCACAGUGGGGGAUCACAGAUAGUCAGCGCCGUCCAGUGCACCCCUGACUGCCUCCCUCAGCCUCCUGACUCCUCCGAGAGGAGAGGCUGUCCCCUCACAGCAGCUCAGCAGCUGGGAUGGUGGAGCUGAGUCUCUGAAGAGGCCCUGCAUUCUCCAGUGUGGGCAAAUCAGUUUGGAUGGCAGGAGACAGGAAGGAAGCGGUGUUGUAGGCAGCCGUGCACACGUAACAGAGUCCACUAGGAAAGCCGGUCGGCCACGACAGUCAAACCCAAGUCGAUAAAUGGGGUGGGUCCUGCGUACCCGCCCAUCCUUGUGCCUUCCUGAGCAGACUGGCUGAGCCAGAGGUGGCUGGGGGCUGCAGGCCGUGGGUGCUCUGAGCAGGUGUGGAGGGCACCUGGGGAGGCUGUGAGGGAUCUUCUGUCCUGCUUUGUUUCCUUUCCAUUUCCUCCACCAUCUGCAGGCCCCAUUGGUUAACCCUUUCCUCCCCCCAUUGUUUGCUUCUGCCAAGCUGAGCCACAGAGGAACCACACUGUGCUGCGGAAACAUAGACGUGGGUGCACAGGCUCCCACCACCGCUGCCACCGCCUCACCUGCAGCUUUGAAGACCCAGGCCUCACCUCCGCCUGCAGGACAUCCUCUUGGCCACUUGGCCUGGGCCUGCCACCACCACGUCUUGCAGAGUGAGCCCUGCCUUGGCUGCGGAGAAGCACUCCAGGCCGCUAGCAGAUGGGACUGGCAUUCCAGAGGGUCAAGAAAGUGACUUGUUCAGAACACAUUGUUUUUAAUAGAAAAAAAAAAAUCUUUUUAUAAAAUGAACUUUUAACACUUGGCUCAAACCUCUAGGUCAUACUGCCAAUCUUUAGACAAAUGGCCAUUGGGCAGAGGACAAGGGAGCUGAGGUUGGUUCAGAGGCCAGUCUGCACAGUCUCUGUCCUCAGGAUGGGACUGGGUGGGUCUGAAGAGAAGGCGGUGGCCUGUGGGUGAGGGGACUAGAGCAGGCCCCGGCAGAAUUGAGUAGAGUGAGUCUGCUUUUCAAACCCAACCAGGUCAGCUGCUGCUCUUUAUGAACUGCCCAACUUCCUGUCCCCAUCAGGGGCUGGACACAGGCUUCUCGCAAGAACACAGCCUUAAAGGCACCUGGGCAAAACAGAGGUCUCUGGUCUGUUUCUGGGGUUCCUGAUGGGAAGGUUCAGUGACCAAAUGAAGAUGUGUGCAGUUUCUGGUGCUGGGAAGUCUUAGCCAGUGCCAGAGUGCCAGGCCUCUACCUGGCCUCUCACCUGUCAGUGACUGGAGGACUGCCCUGGGCUGGCCGGCCACAGGCUGGCUGGUGCUGUACUACCUGUAGUGUGUCAGAGAACAGGAAAAGCAGCUUUGUUUGGGGCAUUAAUAUUUGGGGUAGGUCAGCUAAGGUUGCUACUUGCCAAUAUGUGAUUUGUCUAAUCAGCCUGUGUGACUGGGGCACAUUCUGAUUCUCUGAAUUAUUGGUUUGACAGUUACAUGCUCGGCCACUGGGCUCAUCCCUGGCCCCCGGUGUGGAAGAGGCUAAAUAAGGUGACAGUGCAUUUAUGCUCCCCAGCAUGGCCUUUGGGGCAGGCUGGCAUCCUGAUGUGCCACUGUUGCUUAAGCUUUCCCGCUGGCUCGCUUUGCUUUUAAAAGUAACUUGGGUUGCAUUCUUCCCUCUGGACUAGAGUAGAAAUGCAGGGGAACCCCCUGUGGGGUUGAGAGGCAAAGCUGGCUCAGUUGUGUGCCCAGUUCCUCCCCUGGGCACUUUAGCAGGCUCCGAGCUUUCCCGGCAUGGGUCAUUCUGGUCCCAGGAUAAAUAGUCCAGGCUUCAGCAACACUCCUUUCCCAGCAAAGGCUGUGAAUUUAAAUUCUUUGUUGGUGUGUAUGUGCAGGCAUUGCUCUCGGGCACAUUCUCAACCUGUGUGGUUGGCCAGAAGUGGGACUGUGUCUCUGGCUGGCUUGAAGCCGGGCCUUGUGAGUUUCUGUCUGCUGAGCACUCAACAGAGUGGGGCCUGGGACCCAUCUCCCUCUGCAGCAGAGGCAGACCUUCCUCCACUUCUCAGUACUAAAUGAAGACCUCAACACCUUGCAGUUUUACUUCAUUUCCUGCUCCUUUCAGGGGCUGUGAGGGUUCCCAUGAGCUCAUGCCGUACAGUACUCAGCCCCGACUUUCUUCCAGGGGUUGACCAGGAACCCUAAACCGUCCGGAGUAGACUGUGCUGCUGUGCGUAUGGUGGCACCCCACUCUUCCUCCUGAGGGGCCAGGCCAUGUCUAAGUGGCCUCUGUCAGGGGUGGUAGGUCCGAAAGAAACUGCAGACACUACGAUGCGCUCCUCAAGCUGUCUUUUGUGCUUAGAUCAUCCAUAGGUGUUUUUUCCGCUUGAAGCUGCUAUAUCUUUAUUUAUUCAGGGUAUUUUCAUAUUGGAAGCCUUGGUUAGUCUGCUCUGGCUCUGGGUUUUGUUUAGAGAUUGGUUUAUUUCUGAACAUUCAAGAAAGGAGAAUGACUGGGUCCUCCCUCGUUCCCUCCCUCCCUCCCUCCUUUCCUUCCUCCCUUCCUUCCCUUUCCUCCCUUCUUUUCCUUCCUUCCUUCCUUCCUUCUCCUCUGGGGCCGGUAGUCUCCCUUUCUUAGAAAGGUUAUUGUAACUUUAAGGACAGGCUUCAAGUGGGAAGGUCCCUGCUUUUGCACUUCUCCCAGUGCAGGUCACACGAGGGGCAGACCCUGUCGCUGCAUUUCUGAACUGUGAAGGAGCCCAUUCAGGUGGGAGACUUCAGAUGGGCUCAGUACCUGUCCCAGCCACAGGCUCCUUGUCCACCUCUUCUCCCCUGCCCACCAGCUGCUGCUCGCAUAGGACCUUCCCGACAGGCUGUGCGUGUACAGCGCUCUGCGUCCCUCCUGGGCCCUCCAGCGGCAGACACUGGUGGGAGUUCCAGAGAUGCUCGGGUCUGAGCAGGCAGCAGGCAGAGCUGCAGUCAUCGAGACGUUAGAAACCAGUCUGAACGUGGUCUGUCUUUGAGAUGCCCAGGCUGGCAGAAAGCAGCUCACAAGUGUUGUUGCUCAUGGCGCGGCAAUGGACUGAAUUGUAAUAAAAAUGUUUGUUAUUUAAUCUUUGCCUCUGUAUUUUGAUACUUGAAUGACUUCCCCUUUUGUUUUACUGUACAUAUAAUUGUUAAUCUGUCUGAUUUUGUCUGAAUUAUAAACAUUUUGAGGUACCAAACAUAACCAAUCUGUGCAACAACAUAGACUGACCUCACUACCCAAGAGAGAGUGUAAAUAUUUCUGGGCUUCCAGCUUUGGUUUUGUUAUUUUCAUAACUGUACAACUUAGAACAGACUGAAUUAAUAAAUGAGAAGCAACAUGAA